CCCUUCUAUCAAUUAGGUUUUCGCCUUUCAUCACUUCCGUGUAGAUAAUAACCCUUUUGCCGCUUUUCCUCCUGGUCGGUUUCCUGCUUCUUUUUUACUUCCUGUUCUUUUCUUUCCCUUUCCUUUUGAAUUUUGCUCUCUAGACUUUGGUGUCUGAAGCGCGGCAACGCUUUUGCAAAAAGAUAUAUAUUUCGGCAACGAUUGCGGGUUCGAUUUUGUUUCGAGAGCCGCCUGGGAGGAUUAUCCAUUGGGAUUUUUACUUUGUUUGGAGGAAGAUACAAGUACAAACCGGCAGUUUUUAUCGAUUGUCGACAUAUUCUAUCAUCCAUCAUUUCAUCGACAGUUUUACCCGGCCCGAGGAUAUCCCCUCGAUAUAUUGUCUAUAGCAAACCAAGUUGGAAUCAAAGAGACGGAGGAGAAGAACAAGGAGGAGGAAAAGAGAGGGGAAAGCUGGCGGAAGCUUGGGCCAAACUCAUCUCAAAUCAAGCCCUUUCGAAUAAGGCUCCAUCUCGGAUCGAUAGCCUUACUUUUCAUUGCAUCUCGGGGAAAGACAGCAAUUGCUUUCCAUCUAGCUCGGGCGGUGUUGGUUCCUUACUUUGCUUUCCCUGCCCUAUUUUUUUUUUUUUCGCCCUCUCGUUGGGGGUCCCUCUGGUCCGAGCUCUUUUGUACUCGUUGUCUGUCUGCGGCGUUGUACUUCCCAGCGUCAAGAUUUGAAAAGGUUGGAUUUGCUGCAGCUCUUCUACUUAUUUUUGGCUAGACCAUAUAUAUUCUUGAUUUCCCGGGGGGGGAGAUUUCCGUCGUAGAGAAAGUCAUUCUCGCUUCAUUUGGAGUGUGUGGGUCAUUACCGAGUUUUUAGAGAAAGUAAACCCUCCAAAACUGACAAGCUUCUUGAGAGAGACAGAAAGCUUUUUUUAUUUAUAUUUUCGCCACAUAGUGCGUCUAGCCGACAAGACAAAAGGUAUGUGGGGAAACAUUUAAUUGUUUAUUCUGGUUUGCAUUUUUGUAUUUUAUUUUUGCAUUAUAUUUCGCCUUGCUUAGACACACCUUCUCUUUCUGUGGUCAUUAUAACUACCGAUCAUGAUUGCUGACAGGCCGCGUUACAUUUUUUUAUUUCUCACAGCUUGAAGCUCUACAGUCGGCGUUGAUCAUGGCAAGGCAGUGAUUCAAUUUAUCCUAUCCUAGUUCCCACAAAUCCUAGCAGAACCAGGAUUCAAUAAUGGCAUAUCGGGACCAGCAGCAACGGGCCCCCCACCACUUACCACCCCACACCACUUCCCAAUUAUCACUACCCAAGCUUCGCCUCAAACCUUCCUCCUCGAAGCUUCGUAGUGAGCAAUCCUCAUCACCUCAGCCGUCGGCUCCUACUUCUAGGAGGCUGCUCCACGAGCACACCUUUGCUUCAUCAAGGAGGGCGGAAUCCCCAGUACUAUCACAUCCAAGGAAGAGUAGUCUGCCGAAGCCUAUGUCUGUUAUUAGCUCUCCGACAAUGACACCCGUUACUACUUUGAAACCGAGGACCAGUCCGCCCUCUAGAAGCAACACCGGCUUCGGAGGGUCGGCUGUAUCUUAUGCUAUAGCUUCGCCGGAGAAACGACCGCGAACACUAAUACGCAGAAAACCCUCGGCUUCCUCAGCUGCCUCGUUCUCAUUGACAAGUCUACGAACAGGCUCGACGACCUCGUUCAACGCAUCUACCGCCUCGAUUACCUCCUCGUCUUCACUUGUCGGUGGGUCGAGGAAUGCCUCUCAGAGUUCAAUAUUGGGAAUACCCUUACCGCCUACCUCCACUGUGGGGAAACCACGAGCGAAAAGUUCGUCAUCGACCCAGGGCGAGGCUCCCCGGCCACGGACACGAGAGCUACAUGUUCCUGCCCCAAUAAACGUCUACGAUAGUGGAGCUAGCAGUAGCCCUUCAACGAGGUGUACUGAGUCACCAGGAGGGUAUAGUUACUCAUCCACCCCCUCAUCAAUAUCCUCUCACUCUCCCGGCUUCCCGCCGGCGCAUCACAGAUUCCGUAAUCCCACACCACCGGUGAGGAACAAUCUUGAUUCGGUUCGCGAGUCGACCACAUCCACGUCGUCCGGGUCUACCAUCCGACCGGAACACCGUGACAUCGAUUCCGACUCGGAGGACGGGGGUGUGAGGACUGAGCAGCGGAGCAUUGGGACAAUGAGCCCUCCACCUGCGGUUGAAGAGACGUACUUUCCGCAGUUGGGUUCCGCUUCCGUACCUAAUACACCAUUUUACCAACCACCCCGUGGAUCACCUAGGCUUGUGCCACAGGCGGCGCCUUCGCCUCUGCUCCUGCCUGCUACACACUCAAAAACUCCUUCUCCUGCCUUGGGUGUUAGGGGACGGAAAGAUAGCACUUCGUCCAUUUCUUCAAGAUUAGGUACCCCAGAUUUAGGAAACAUGGCACGUGGUCUCGGGGUCUCAAUACCACCGCAGGCGCCAUCAACCAGACUAGCAAAAGGACGGAGCAAGUCCCUUAGCAGCACUGCUGCUUUCUCAUUACCUAUCAGAGCGGGUCGAAAGGAGACUGCUACUCCCCCAUUACCAUCACCCGGAUACCCACAUCCCAGGAAGAAUAGUAAUCCUAUUGCUAGAGGUCCUACACCACAACCACGAGAUCCUAUAACCAUUCAAAGCAGUUUGCACCAUAAUAGCCCUGCAUUUUUAUUAGCAAGUAACAUUUCUGCCAUGGCUAAGAGAGGUGAGAGUAAGGAUAGGUCUGGGCGGGAAAAGUCGCCGACAAGGUCCAGCCCUGGAAAGUCGCGACCGAGUUUCUUUUCCCGAGGAAGGACAAAGACAUCGGGAUCGAUUGACGAGAAGGAGAGGGGGAGGGAGAGGGAGAGGGAGAGGGAGAGGGAGAGGGAGAGGGAGAGGGAGAGGGAGAGGGAAAGGGAGAGGGAGAGGGAAAAGGAGAAAGAAAAGGAAAGAGAGAGAAAGGUGGAGAAGGAGAAGAGGAAGGGCCCUGUCGCGGGUACUGGACACGAAGGGUAUGCGGCGUUUGGGAAACAGAUUACUAGUAGAGGUAGAAGUGGUUCCACUGGUGGCAGCAGUAUUGGGAGCUAUGUGAAGAAUGGCAGUUCUACUGGAGGUGGAUCGCUUGGCAGAACAGCGGGUAGUAGGCGAGGUAGCUCGAGUGGUGAGCCGGAUGACUACCUACUUGACAGGCUAAAGCCGGUUGUUAUUGUUGGGGGCGGAGCAGUCGUUGAGAACAGAAAUACUGGUGAAUCAAUGAUCAGGACCGGAAGUACCGAUAGCAACAAGGAGAAGACGAGCUUAGAGAUUGGGAAGCAAGGCCCCAGUCCCGUUUACAUGUCAAGGGAAGGAAGUUCGGAUAGCAUGUUCAAGAUUCCCGGGAGGAAUACUACUCCAAAGUUACCGCCUUCGCCGGGCCCUGAGGCCCUUCCGCGGAAAUCGGGACGAUGGGGUUUCUUUCGGUCUGGCAGUGCAUCUAGUUCACGGGGGAACGCGACUCCAUCACCGGUGCCGACUCCUGCCCCACCGAUUACUCCGAUCCCGGCCGCUGCGUCGGGAGCGAUACCAACUGCUACUACGCGAAAAGCGAUACAUUCCAACAGACGCCAACCGCACUAUGCGAUUCUCGACCAAGAGCAAUUGCAAGAAGCUGCACAAUUGGCAGAGCAUUUUCGAGAGCUCCGACGAGAGCACGUGCAACCGACAAAUAAUUAUGCAAAUGCGAUCAGGCACCAGGGCGGUAUCCACGAGCCACCAACCGUUUCUCAGCAAGUCACUCCUUUGCCGAUUUCUCAUCCUACGGCUGCCGUGCUACCUCUGCCUCCUUUACCUACUCCCGCACCCCCUCCACCAACACUGCUGCCCCCACCACCUAUUUCGUCACCACCACCAUUAUCGAGGUCCGCUCCCCCAAGCGCAGCAGAGCAAGUACGCAAGGAAGUGCGUGCAGCAAGGGCAAACGAACGGGAAUAUAUUCAGCGACUCCAGCAGGUUGGCCGGAUCCCACCAGUUACAAGAACGAGAGCACCUAGCUUUCCCCAAAAUGUGCCGGCCUCACCACUCGCCCAUCCGAAGACUGUUCCUGUUGCUCCUCCACAAGCCCCUCCGCAAGCACUUCCUCACGCCCCGCUAAGGGCAAAGCCAAUGCAUAAGUUACCCCCAAUCAAGACGCAGAUUCUCCGCGCUGAAGUUGAAGCCAACACCGCACCACCGAGAAUGGAUCGUCCAUUCGAGGAUGACUUCCGCAGAGCGAACGAGGGCUUCCAAGUCCCUUGGGGUUCGUAUGGGCUCACCCCUACCACUGCGAUCCGCCCACCCAGGACCUCCUGCCAGAUUGACCCUCAUGAUGUCCGUGGUGCACGGGCGGCUGAAAUGGUAGUUGAGAUUUCCCACGAUACCCUGACUGCUGAUCAAAGAGGUACAGAAUGGCCUAUCAGAGAGGAUUUUGCUGCUUCGAUCCCUGCAAUUGCAGGGCCGGUGCCGGAGCCGAUGCCAGAGCCAGUCGAAGAAGAGGAAGACAUCUGGCCAGAGUACAACGACCUCAUUGAUACAGGGCUAUUUGGCGUGGCUACAACCGCUGAGUCAGAAAUGGAAGAGGAACAACCUGGCACAAAAUCAGCGACAUCAUCACUCGGCUCGCCCUUCCGCUAUGAAGACCUUUGCAGCGCAUUCCCGGACCUCCGAGAUGAUGACGAAGGAGUGAAACUUAACGAGGAAGAAGAAGUUGAUAACAAGGGAGAACCUAAAGUCAAUGACUCGCCAACCCUUCGGAAUGCUCCCCCCACACUCGUCCUGCCCUCGCCUUUGCCUAUCGUUACCAACCAGCCGUUCACACCGCCGGCUUACAAGAUUCUUACUCCUGGUACGCCGUUUUCCGUCACUUCGUUUAUCAGGUCUUACGGAGAUGACCGUGACCGGGAUUCUCGGGGGGCAAUGAGCAGCAUGCAAAGUAGACAUAGUGCUCACCUGGAAUCGUCUCCACCACCGAAUAUGAGUCUCCCAUCUACUUCACCCCGCCGACGAUCACAUAGAUCCCGGGGUUCUGGUGGGUCCUCCGAUUCACAUGGGUCUGCCGACUCGACUGGGUCGAUCGACCUCGAUGCAUCUCAAGAUGAGAUGGCUGUGCGACUUUGGGCGCUGAAGGCUAGUCGCUGGUUGUCUACUGAUAGAGUCCUUGUCAGUCCCGCACACGAGAUGAUGACGAAGAUUACGACGGCAGUUAGUCCUCGCGCCAGUGGCGGUGGUAGGGUUCUUGUUAUUGAUGGUCUCGGCACGGAUGACUGGUCCUUCUACUGCGCCCUUUCAUACCCCUCUGCGAAAAUCUACAACCUCUCUCCUUCCCUCUCCUCAAACCCACAAACCACCAACACCCCGCCAUCCCCCUCUAGACCUCAAAACCAUCAACAAAUCCACCACGAAGACCUUUCCUCCUCCUUCCCCUUCCCAAAAGGCUUCUUUAACGUGAUAUCCUUCCGCUUCCUCCCUAGCUCCUCAGACUCCAACCUCUCCUUCAUCCUCUCCGAGUGCCGGCGCGUGCUCGAGCCAGGCGGUUACCUGGAAGCAACAGUCCUGGAUGUAGACCUCCUCGGCAAAGUCGGGCCAAAAGCGCGCAAAGCCGUGGACCUGGCCAAGACAAUCAUGCACCGCGAGAACUGCACCUCUUCCAACUCUACCUCCAUGCAGUCGGAGAAAGUACUCAGACUGCUAUCCAAGCGCGGCUUCGAAAGCCCGCACAAGUGUUUUGUCGGCUUACCGGUGGUAUCUAACGUCCCCAUCACCGGUGGUGACGAGGUCAAUAGCGCGGUACUUGCAAAGGUCGGUCGGUGGUGGUAUACUAGAUGCUAUGAGCGGGUGAUUACGAGUCAGGGCGAGGCUAUGAGAAGGAGUAUGUGGAAUGAGCGUGGGUUGUUGAGGGAGUGCGGGGAGAGGAAGACGGCGUUUAGGAUGCUGGUUGCGUACGCCAGGAAGCCGAUCAAGGGAGCUUCGGCGGGCGGGUUGAUCUAAUCUUUCCUCUUCCCCGUUUCCUAUGAUUGAUAUCAUACCUCUUUUUUCUUUUCCCCUCAAAUCUCGUUUUCACCAGCGAACGAGCGCUCUUUCAACUAAUGGCUGUGGUGGCGGCGGAGUUUCUUCUUUUCUUUCACUUAUACCUUUCUAUGAUAUCGUACCUAUUUUCACCUUUACGUUUGUCCUUUUUCUGUCGCGGAGUUUCUUUUGGCCUUUAGUUUUUGCUUUUCAAGCUUUAUUUUUUAGCGGGACUGGUUUUCGGGUUCUUAUCCUCUAUUUUCUACGGCUUGGUUUUUGUGUGGGCAUGGGAUUUAUUUACAUGUAAUUUCCUUCUCCUUAUCCUUCGUCUCUACCAUACCCAUUUGGUCCGUUUUGUAUAGCACCCUCCUCCUCACUUUCACCCUCGAUCCAUGGAAACGACUGUAUGUACCGGAUACGACAUGUUAUGAUUUACGCUUUGACUUUUUUUUCCUUCUCUUUUUCUUCAUUUCCUCCUCUCUUCUAUAUCAUCUACUCGCCAAUUCCAGAAGUAUCCAGACAUGGUAGAUUUCCGGACACUUUUGGAAUUGACGAGGGAGGUAACCUUGUGCUUUCUUCGUCAUACAUGUAUUCUUUGGCAUAGUAAGUUAGUGUCGAGUGGUUAGGGUACACCAAUUUGUCUCUCUACUUGUCUGCAGUACCAAGGGUGUUACAAUAUGUAGUUUGUUGGCGGUGGGGUUGAAUUAAAUUAAAUUGCAAGUCCAAGAAGAAGAAGAAGAAGAAGAAGAAAGUCUCUCCUCCUCUAAUUUCUUGGAAAUAGUUAGUCCAUCCGAA